UUUACGGAAAGCGCCACGGCUCGACGUACACACACCGGUCCCGACCAGGCGAGAGACCCGAGGACUCCCACAACAGACGUGAUAAACCCACACCAUGAACAACAACGCCGUAGCAGUGGCAGGCCGGCCAUCAAGAACGAAAACGGUACCUCUGCGACUGCAGGGUGGAGGUGAAAGUGGUGCAGCUGCUGGGCAUGGUGUUGCCCAGAUCACGCCUGCUGGCGCCGUGCAGCUCCAGCCGGCACCGAGCGGCAUGGUCCGCCAGGCCGUCCACAGCAGGGUUACCCCCCAUACCGAUACACAACAGGGGGUGCCACCUGGUGCGGGGCUGAUGCCGGGCCUCAUGGACACUGAAGGUACUAAAGCUCGUCGGGUGGCCGUAAGCAUGAUUCUGAACGACAAGCAGUUUGGCGAAGCUUCAGGGAAGAAUUGGAGCGAAUCGGACAGCAGCGACGACGACAACGGGAAGGACGCUCCGAUGUCAAGUGGCAGCAGCAAUGUGUCGGUAGAGGAGAGUUCAGCUCCGUCGGACAUAGGCUCACAGGAGCCUGGAGAUGUCGAGUCCGGAGAUAGCGUGUUCGCAAAGGAAAUACGGGAAGCAAUAUUCGGGGGAGGGGGAGCGGGCAGAAAAAAAACCCAUGGCAAGCGGAAGGCGAGCGCCGGCGGCAGCGCCGUAGGGAACAGGAACUCAACAAAGGCAAGCCUAGGAGCGAGUGCCAAGAAAGCCCGGGGCAAGGACUACCCGCUCUGGGCCGCACAUCUGCUGAGGAGGACAUGCGCGCACCGCAAGAUCCCGAGGAUGUCGAAGGAGGGCGACAAGCAUGUCCUGGUGCAGGCCCUGCGAUCUCACGACGGCAACAUGAACCGGCCAUCUCCGUACUAUGACGACCUCAAUGCUAUCACAGCCGGCAAAUCUGGACGCAGCAACGGGGAGGAGGACGAGGAGGAGGGAGCCAUCCCUGCCAAAGCACUCCUUACGUUUCGAAAUGUUGUCGGGAUGGUCGCCAUAGCACGUGACAGUAAAGUGCCGUUUAAAGUCGAUAAUGUGGAGUACAGUGCGGUGGACCUUUACGACGCCCUGGCCAAGGAAGACGAAGCGGGAACGGGGGAUUCUGCGGGCGGGAGUGCUUCCACUGGUGGUUCAUCGACGGGUGGUGCAGCCGGACCGGACGGGGAUGGUUCCGUCGGAGGGAGCGGCAGCAACACGGAGCGCAAGGGCCCACACUGCAUGAUGCGGCUCGUUGGGAUCCUGUGCGAAGACGCCAUCCGCCCACUUCUCAUAGAGAGCCGCUUGCAGGCGACCCGGCAGGACCUGGACACGUCAUCAGUCGGGCCGCGGAACGAUUUGUGGACAGAGGUCACCACGCGCUUCCGAGACCCUGACCACCAGGUGAGAAAAAUCGUGGACGACCAGCAAGUGUCUCACGUCGACCCGAACAUCAUCCAGCAACCAAACAUCUCCGCGGAGAAGCUUUCCAGGAUGUGGGCUACGGCAAAGGCGAAGUGGAACCAGCCUUAUGCCAACUGGAAGAGUGAAUCCGGCAACAACCAGCCAUGGCUUUCAUUUUGUCAAGGGUGCACGGACACGUAUGUUCUCGGUUGCGCAAUCGAGAAAUACCCCGAGCUGAACCAAGUGUGCAACAAUCUCCUCCCCGAGGGCGCUCAGCGAGAGGACGACGGGACCGGAGAGGGUAUUGUCUGCACAGGCGGUGCCGACCGCCGGGCUGCCGCCAAGCGGGAGGGCGCCAGGCUCAACGAGCAGAACAGGCGGGGAAAAAAGCCAAAAAAUAAGGGGGUGGGGCAAAGCGUGGCAGAGGCUACGUCCGCUGCCAUGAAAACCGCACUCAAAGAUAUUGAGCCACUGCUGGAAAAGGUUGGCGGAUCAGAAAAAUCAGAGUGGUACAAAAAAAAAGAGGAACACGCUUGCAAGACUGCUGAACACGACAGCAAGGCUUCUGGCCUCGCCCUCCAGAAGGAAAUGACCGAGUCCCACGCCGAAUUCUCGAAGAAAAUUGUGGAGGAGGAGAAAGAAAAAGCAGAGGGUUAUCAGACGAGAGUUAGAUUCCUGCGCAAAAUGUUGGCCGGCAUCGAGAAGGAAAUGUUUGGCGACGAAUAACACCCAUAUGCACUCCCGGAAGAGUGUUACCGUGCAAUCGUCGAAUUUUAUGCAUGCUCAACGUCUUCGUUUCGUCGCAGCAUUGAGGAUACGUGCGCCUCCGCAUAGACGUGUGGGUUUGGUAGGCAACAACACUUUGAGAGGAUGCUUUACGGCAACAAAUGAGUAUAAACAAAAUAAAUAUAGUGGAAGAAAGCCGAGACCGUUGUGGUUCACGGGCAAGUUGCUGUGACUGUAUUCAACGAACACGAGGAUGCGUUUUUUUAUUUCUCUCCCUGCUGCAGGGCUUGCUUGCUGCGAGGGUCGUAGCCUUCUUUUUUUUUUGGGCCAGGGGGGGGGGAGGUU